CUUCUCUCUUUCUCGGGACAUAUAUUCCUCUUUAAAUUCUUCCAUAAACCUAAAACGCACACACAAUUUUCACUCCCUUUUUUUUAACUUCUCAUUAUUUAAUUAGGGCUUCACUGUAAUGCUUCAACAUCCUCGAUUCCCUCAAUGUACGGACAAUCUCAUCCCCUGAACAUCCUUGGCCAGAUCCCCGCCAACGAUGGUUCCGACCUCGCCGACCACCACCAAAUCGUUUCUUACGAUGCGCAUCCCCUCGACGAAGGCGUUGGAGUCGAGGACGUCUCAGCCGAUCACAUCUGCUGCACUUCCGCCUCUGACUUGGCCUCCGUUCAACAAGUCGACGGUGCCAGUCAACUCACUCUCUCGUUUCGUGGCCAGGUCUACGUAUUUGAUGCUAUUACUCCUGCGAAGUUCCAUGCGGUACUGUUACAACUUGGUGGGUGUGAACUGACUUCAGGUCCCCAUGGUGUUGAUAUGCCUGCUCAGAACCAAAGAGGUGUUCUGGACUUCCCGAGAGGAUCUAAUCAACCUCAUAGGGCAGCCUCUUUAGAUAGGUUUCGUAAGAAGAGAAAAGAGCGAUGCUUUGAUAAAAAAGUCAGAUAUGGUGUUCGUCAAGAAGUUGCUCUUAGGAUGAAUCGUAAUAAGGGUCAAUUUACAUCUGCCAAAUCUUCCAAGAAGUCUGAAGGAGGUGAAAGCUCUUCUUCUCAGGAUGAUGACAACCCAGCAGAUGCUAUAUGUACGCACUGUGGCAUUAGCUCAAAGUCCACCCCAAUGAUGCGACGUGGUCCAUCUGGUCCAAGGUCUCUAUGCAAUGCAUGUGGACUUUUUUGGGCAAAUAAGAUUUUGAGUUUUAAACAAUUGCACCACACGGAACUUUGCCGGACAUUCCUAAGAAAGCGCAGGAUUCCCUUAUCCCAGUUCAACAGGGAGAAAGUGAAGUAAAUAAUUCAGAUUCUAGAAUUGCUCUCCCUACACAGAGCAAUGUAGUUCCUUUCUCAAAUGGUUGAUGCCCAGCUCUAAUUGGUGAGCACUGAUUCUGUGCCAAUACGGCCAUUGUGUUGACUAGGUCUUCAUUGGUAAAUUAUUAAUGACUUCCUUAUAUGUACAGAUAUCAUAGUUGCUUUUUUUUAUCAAUAUACACGAGGUUUUCGCCUCCUAUUCAUUGAGU